AUGAGUGAGGAGCAAGAUGAUGGCAGCAAAAAGAGUGCAUCACUUUCUUCUGCUGAGGCAAGCUCUGUGGAAGCAGAGUGUGGAGCCCAUGUCAAUGCUUCAACAAAUAUAUCACAGACUAAUCAGAUGACAGGAGCAGCACCAGAUAAUGCAAAAUGGCAGUGUGAGAUGUGUACUUAUGAGAAUUUCCCACUCUCACGGAAGUGUACUAUGUGCCGAGCACAAAAACCCUCUCUCGGAGAAGAUAUUUUCAAACUCCAGGAUGGUGCCAGUGCUCUACCUAUACAAGAUACUUGUGGUGCUGAAUCAGUAGCUGAAAGAUUGAAACCGCUGCGAAUAUCAUCUCCUCAGGGACAAGCAAGUGCCUCCUCUAUGGCUAAGUGGUCUUGUGGUACUUGUACCUUCGAGAAUUGGCCUCGUUCGCAGAAAUGUGCGAUGUGCGGUGCGACCGCUCCGCCUCGAACACAUAGCGACUUACAUGCACCCAGACCUACAGGUAUAAAUGAUAUAUGUAAUAGUCAAAAUUCUUCAAUACAUGAGGUGGAGAAUAACGGUCGUCGCUCGAAACGUAGAAAUAACACGGACUGGAUGUGGUUGCAGGCUUGUUUAGGUGUGGUAGAAGGUGACGCACGUUGUGUGGAUGCGUACUUAGCGGCAGGUGGAUCACCAGCUCGAGCCUUGACUGCACCGGAAGUUGCACUACUCAAUAGAGCUUCCGCUUUCGACCCGGGACAUACGCUGGUUCACUUGGCUAUUAGAUUUCAAAGGCAAGAGAUAUUAUCAACACUACUGUCUAGAAUAUCGGGUGGUGGACCUGGCUUGAAAAGAUCACCUUCAUAUGUUGCUCCCGAUCUAGCAUCCGCGAUAAGGCGCCAUAUAGCAAGUUGUAUUCGGCAUAAGAAAGGAAAUUUCCCGUGUCGAUAUAUUAAUGAAAUAUGCACUUUUUCCUUACCAGCAGAAAUAGACGAAUUGCCCGCUGCGAUACAAGAGCAGCUAUUCGCUGAAUUGUUAGAUAAAGAUGCACAGCAGACAUUGGAAACGGAUACACCGCUUAUCAAUUGGAGCUGUGAGCUAACAGUUAAUUUAGGGUCGCGCUUGUACGCUCUGUGGAACCGUUCGGCGGGUGAUUGUCUCCCCGACGCGUUGUGUCAAGCCGCGUAUGGCGUGUUUGAUCGCGCUAAUGUGUUGCGGGCAGCAUUGGCUGAUACUCUUCAUCAUGCGCAUAGAAGUUUCUACGCUCGCUGGCAAGCCUGGGAACGGCUUCAAGCAUCCCAGCUACAAUAUGCUCCCGAAGAGUCCCAGCUUCGCGCAGAAUGGAGUCGAUUACUUGCUGCCGCCGCACGACCGGGCACGGCUUUGCAUCAGUUACACGUGUUUGCGCUGGCGCACGUGUUGCGGAGACCGGUGUUAGUCUACGGCGUUGAUGUCGUCAAUUCGUUUCGUGGGGAGGCUUUAGGAUACGCUCGUUUUCAAGGUAUAUAUUUACCAUUGCUAUGGGAUGCGGAGUUUUGUUCAAAAUCACCAUUGUGCCUGGGUUACACUCGUGGACAUUUUUCCGCGCUUGUCCCGCUUGAGCCAUACUCGCAUCGGCACGAUUAUAUUUGCCGAGAACAGCAGGAUGAGGAUGGUGAGGAUAUGAUAUUUCUGCCCCUUACUGACUCAGAAGGAAAACUGUUACCCGUCCACUUCCUUACAUGUGAUGAGAUGGCAGACGAAGAAAGCGUAGUCCGUCGUUGGACGUGCGCGUGCGUAACGGAAGGUGGCGUACUCGCAGCAAGACAGCGCGUGCACGCGCGGCCCUUGCUACAGGCGCAGAUGCUAGAAGAGUGGCUUAACCAUUAUAGAAGGCUGGCACAACAAACCCGCGGCCCUUUUCCUCCGCGGCUUCAAACGGCUGAGUUUUCAAGCGACCCAGACACAGAUGAAGAAUAG